CACUGUCCUGCAUUGCCAUCAACUCAUCCUCAUCUACUGCCACAAUCUCUGGUGCAGCUUUCUUCACUUCCAGCUUUCAUUUCUCCACCCGAACAACCCCUGGCUUAGGGACACCCCAUCACAACCACAAAGUGACCUAGGGCUGGCAGCCCGGACUCACCGCUGAACUCCUCCGACUGGUGCCCGUCCACUGGAUAACGGCUCAACAUGCCUGAGCCCACAAAGAAAGAUGAUGGCCAACCUGAAGAGAAUGUUGCCCCUGUUGACGCCCCAUCUGAGAAUUCAAUUGAGAUGACCCCAACAGGUAAAGAUGAUGAUGUCACGGCCAGCACCCCAUCACCUCCACCCCCAGCAGAGGAUGGCAACAUACCCAAGAAACUUUCUAUUGACCUUCCUAAUGAUAGCGACCCUGAGUCAACCAGGGGGAGAAAGGACUCAGUGUGGUCACUGGGGGAUGGGCAGGCUCCUGAGGAAAUUGACAAGCAGAUGGACAGUCCGCCCCUCUCAACUCUGUUGAUUGAAAAGCCGCAGAGUGGCUCCAUCACUGUAGGUGGUGACAUCACCUUCAUUGCUAAGGUGGAGGCCAAAGACUUGCUUCGUAAACCGACCAUUAAGUGGUUUAAGGGCAAGUGGAUGGAUCUGGCUAGCAAGACAGGGAAACACCUGCAGCUAAAAGAGUCUUUUGAUCGCUUUACAAAGGUACACACCUUUGAGAUGCACAUCAUCAAGGCAAAGGACAAUUAUGCUGGGAAUUACAGAUGUGAGGUCACCUACAAAGACAAAUUUGAUAGCUGCUCUUUUGACCUGGAGGUCAAAGAAAUUCCAGAGGUUUCUCAGAGCAUUGAUAUUCGCUCAGCUUUCAAAAGAAGCAGUGAAGGCCAAGACGAUGCAGGCGAGCUUGACUUUAGUGCGCUUCUCAAACAUAGGGAGCACAAGCAAGAAGAAACUCCCGAAGUGGACGUAUGGGAGAUUCUGAAAAACGCUCGACCCGAUGAAUAUGAGAAGAUUGCUUUUAUGUAUGGCAUUACGGAUCUCAGAGGCCUGCUGAGAAGACUCAAGAAAACCAAAAAGGAAGAGAAGAAGAGUGAAGCAUUUGCUAAGAGAUUGGAACCUGCAUAUCAGGUGGACAAAGGUGGGAAGAUUCGAUUAGUGGUGGACCUUGCUGACCCGACUGUGGAGUUAAAAUGGUACAAGAAUGGACAAGAGAUCCGUCCUACCCCAAAGUAUAUCUUUGAACACAAAGGCACUCAGAGGAUAAUGGUUAUUAACAACUGUCAGACAAAUGAUGAUGCUGCAUAUUCAGUCACAGCAGGAGAUGAGAAAUGCACCACUGAACUGUUUGUCAAAGAACUGCCUGUGAACAUAGUGAAGCAGCUGGAGCCAGUGAAAACUACAGUGAAUGAGAGAAUUGAACUGGAGUGUGAGGUGUCAGAGGAAGGGGCAAAGGUUAGAUGGAUGAAGAACGGAGUGGAGGUCCCCACAGGUGUGCGAUCACGGUACCGUGUGAAAUCUGAGGGAACCAAGCACUGGCUGAUCAUUGAGGAUGCUUCAAAAGACGACACCGGCACAUACUCCCUGAUGGCCACCGGGGGCACCUCUCAAGCGCACGUUCAAGUUGACUUGAAGCCUCUGAAGAUUCUGCAGGAUCUACAGAGCAUGACAGUGUUGUUAGGUCAGCCACUCAAGUUGUCCUGUGACAUUUACCCUGGGAAUAUCCCGGGUCGCUGGUACAGGAACGGCCAGCUGAUCCAGCCUAACGACCACAUCAACAUUUUGCAUAGAGCCAAGAGUCACAGCCUUGACAUUGAGAGCUCGACCAUUCAUGAUGCUGGUGACUACACCUUUGUUCCAGAGGGAUACUCGCAGACACUGAGUGCCAAAGUGCACAUCAUAGAUCCUCCCAAAGUGCAUUUAGAGGCACUUAAUGUCCAGGACAACACUGUGAUGAUUGUAGCUGGAAACAAACUCCGCUUGGAGAUCCCCAUUAGUGGAGAACCAGCACCCAGAGUGGUUUGGAUGAAGGGAGAAAGGGUCAUUCUAGAUACAGGCAGUCGAGUUCGGGCCGAGACAUUUGCAGACCACACCUGCCUCACUAUUGAUGUCACAGAAAGAGAAGACACUGGUAACUAUAAGAUCGUCCUUCAGAAUGAGGCUGGAGAGGAUACAGCCAGUAUUAAAGUCAAAGUUGUGGAUAUCCCAGAUCCCCCCGAAUCUCCUCUAGUUCCUAAUGUAGGUGGAGACUGGUGCACUAUGACAUGGGAGCCUCCACGUUAUGACGGUGGUUCCCCCAUUCUUGGAUACUUCAUUGAGCGAAAGAAAAAACAGAGCUCACGGUGGAUGAGGCUGAAUUUUGAUCUUUGCAAAGAGACCACAUUUGAGCCCAAAAAGAUGAUUGAAGGUGUUCCCUAUGAGGUGCGAAUCUUCGCUGUUAAUGCCAUCGGUGCCUCCAAACCCAGUGAACCCUCCAAACCUUUCAUUCCAUUGGCUGUGACCAGUGAGCCCACAAUGUUGGUGGUGGAUGAUGUCACAGAUACUACAGUAACUAUGAAGUGGAGGCCUCCAGACACCAUUGGUGCAGCAGGACUUGAUGGAUACCAAAUUGAAUACUGCAUCGAAGGAACUGAUGACUGGAUACUGGCUAAUAAAGAGCUGACAGAAAAAACAAAGUACACCAUAACUGGUCUGCCAUCCACGGAGAAGAUCCUAGUGCGUGUUAAGGCCAUAAAUGCUGCUGGGGCCAGUCCACCCCGUACUACACAACACUCAAUACUGGUGAAAGAAGUCAUUGAGCCUCCUAAAAUACGCAUACCACGACAUUUAAAGCAGACGUACGUUAGAAAAGUUGGCGAAGUUGUAAACCUUGUUGUGCCAUUUAUGGGAAAACCAAGGCCAAAGGUCACCUGGUUGAAAGAGGGUCAGCCUAUUGACCAAACCAUCAGCAUUCGCAACUCAGAGUGCGACAGCAUCAUCUUCAUUCGCAAAGCAGAGCGAAAGCAUUCUGGGAAAUACGAACUGACUGUACAGGUGGAGAAUCACGUCGACACAGCCGUGUUGGACAUACAGAUAGUUGACCUUCCAGGCCCACCACAGGCUGUAAAGAUCGAAGAGGUCUGGGGUAAUAACGUAGCAUUGGACUGGAGCCCACCGAAGGACAACGGCAAUGCAACCAUAACAGGCUACACCAUCCAGAAAGCUGACAAAAAGACUAUGGAGUGGUACACAUGUGUGGAGCAUUACCAUCGUACCUGCAUCACAAUCUCAGAUCUGGUGGUGGGUAAUGAGUAUUUCUUCAGGAUCUAUUCAGAGAACAUGGUGGGCUUGAGUGAAAGUGCCACUACCACUAAAGACAGUGCUCUCAUCGUAAAGGAAGGGAAAUUUCCCCAUGAUACAGCUUUCGGCUUGUAUCAUGCACAGUCACCCUCUCCCCGUCCCUUCCCCUCUCACUCUUCCUCCUCCUCCUUUUCCUCUCACUCUCGAUCAGGCUUGCACCUGAAGAACCCUGAAUACAAUGACCGUGACUUCUCCGAGCCGCCCAGCUUCACUCAGCCACUAAUCAACACCUCCGCCAUCGCUGGGUACAACGCCACCCUCAACUGCAGCGUGCGUGCCAACCCUAGGCCUAAGGUGAUCUGGAUGAAAAACAAAAUUACCAUCAUAGACGACCCACGUUACCGCAUGUUCAGCAACCAGGGCGUGUGUACGCUCGAGAUCCGCAAGCCCAGCCCGUUUGAUGGAGGUGUAUACACCUGCAAGGCAGUCAAUGACCUUGGAGAGGCUCAGGUGGACUGCAAACUAGAGGUCAAAGUCAUCACUCAGGAAUAGUUACUCUAUUGUUCUCAUCCAGGAGGUUUUACAUUCUGUGAGCUGAUGAAGCGAGGAGUUCCCUUACACCUCAUUGAUAAGUACAUGAACGAGCCUAAGAACUCUGAAUCAGACAAGAAGGGGUCCAACUGAUGGCUGAUUCACCCAUGAUUACCAAGAAAACUAUUUCUACCAAUACUCCCAAUAAUGUCACCAGUGUCUAAACUUUGGCAUGGUAUGCUGUGUUUAGACAUGGAUCUAUAUUUAUCAUUGAAAAGUAUAUUCUUCACCAGUAUUGUCUGUCACUGUGCUAUCAUGUGAAGUGCCAUUAAACUCAAAUGCAUGCCUUUAGUGAACUGGGUUGUAGCUUCAAAAUGUAACACAUAUAGACAUGUUAUUGUGACAUUGACAGAGCAUUCAGUUACAGAUAUGGUGAUGCAGUUAACAUAUGCUUUUCUGGGUUUUUGGAGACGAGGGUGGACUGAAUAGAGCACAAGUCUUGGUUUUGCUGUUUUUCUUUUCUUUUUUUCCUGGUUGUUUGAUUUUUUUUUCUCUCUGGAGUUUUCCCAACCCCUUUCCUACAUUCUGUAGUGAAUGUACUGAAUGUACUCUCUGUGCAAUGCAACAACCACAUAGAUCUGAAAUAUCAGUAUUGUCCUGUUGUCAGAUCAGACAUCAGAAAGAAAGAUCAGAAUGUCAGACUUUAAUGUUGCGUUUGUCUGCGGUGUCUUGACAAUACUUGCCAAUGUUCCAUUUAGCAUGACUGAGUUGAAUAAAUAUCAAUGAAUGAAAAAAAAAAACCUGUUUCUUUUGACCCUUUAUGCAAAGAUGUGAAUGACAGCCUUGGAAAAAGAACAACUGAUGGCUUUAAACAGGGUUGCACAACCA